GGUUCCUGCUUACCUGUCAGUUGCAGUCACUGCUAAAUUCACAUGUAGUCAUCUUGAACUGGUUUUCUAUAAGUCGGGCUGGGAGUAUUGUGAGCUGUUUGAGUGUUCAAGCAUGGACACCGAGGGGAGGAAGGUGGUGGUGUGUGACAAUGGCACAGGGUUUGUCAAGUGUGGCUUUGCUGGAUCCAACUUCCCUGAUCACAUCUUCCCUGCCAUGGUGGGUCGACCGAUCAUCCGAUCAACCGCCAAAGUGGGCAACAUUGAGAUAAAGGACCUGAUGGUGGGGGACGAGGCCAGCGAGUGUCGCUCCAUGCUGGAGGUGUCCUACCCCAUGGAGAACGGCAUGGUGCGCUGCUGGGACGACAUGCUCCACCUGUGGGACCACACCUUCGGCCCCGACCGCCUCAACAUCACACCGUCAGAAUGCAAAAUCCUGCUGACCGAGCCGCCCAUGAACCCCAACAAGAACCGCGAGAAGAUUGCAGAGGUCAUGUUUGAGAAGUACCAGUUCCACGGCAUCUAUGUGGCCAUUCAGGCUGUGCUCACGCUGUACGCGCAGGGUUUGCUUACCGGUGUGGUCGUCGACUCGGGAGACGGCGUCACCCACAUCUGUCCAGUGUACGAGGGCUUCUCUUUGCCUCAUCUCACACGAAGGCUGGACAUCGCAGGACGGGACAUCACGAGAUACCUCAUUAAGCUCCUGCUCCUUCGCGGUUACGCCUUCAACCACACUGCUGACUUUGAGACUGUGCGGAUGCUGAAGGAGAAGCUCUGCUACGUGGGAUACAACAUUGAACAAGAGCAGCGUCUCGCCAUAGAAACCACCUACCUGGUGGAGUCGUACACGCUCCCUGAUGGCCGGCAGGUGAACGUUGGCGGAGAGCGAUUCGGGGCCCCUGAAGCUCUUUUCCAGCCUCACCUCAUCAACAUAGAGGGAGCCGGAGUGGCCGAGCUGCUGUUUAACACCAUCCAGGCCGCAGACAUCGACCUCAGAGCCGACUUCUACAAGCACAUCGUUCUGUCAGGAGGGUCCACCAUGUACCCCGGCCUUCCAUCCAGACUAGAACGAGAGAUCAAGCAGCUCUACCUGGAGAGGGUGCUCGAUGGAGACGCUCAGAAACUAUCCAAGUUUAAGAUCCGAAUUGAGGACCCUCCCAGACGUAAACACAUGGUGUUCCUGGGCGGCGCGGUGCUGGCCAACAUCAUGAAAGACAAGGACUCCUUCUGGCUGAGCAGAGAGGAGUAUCUGGAGAAAGGCCUGGGAGUGCUGCAGAAGCUGGGAGGUGGAGUCAGAUAAAAUACGCUGAAAUAAAACAUGAUCAAAUAAAUACAGACGAAAAACUCAAAGAUCUGAUUUUUUUUUUUUCUUCAACUUUACUAUCAACUCCUCACCUCUUAGUCUCGCAUUCUGGAUAAAAACGUCAAUUUAUCGACUCUUUUCCGUCUCUGUCAGUGCUAAAAUGUUUUUUAUAUAUAGUUUUGUCAAAUAAAAAUACUACACAGAUUGUUACAUAUCCUCAAAUGUGAGAUUUCUUUUUCAGUUUUUAAUCAAUUGUAUUGUACCAAAGUAAACAUUUUUGGAUAUUCUAACAUUUUCUUUGAAUAAAAAGUAGUUGAUUGAUAAGAAUUUUUUUUUGAUCGAUUUGAUGAUUAACCUAAAAAAAAAUCUGCCAAAUUCAUAUUAAAAGCAAUUUUUUGGCCCUAAAAUCUCAAUCUAUUCACCUGUUUGUGACGUUCAACAAAUAGAUGAUGUAAAAGGUGAUUUAUUUUGCAAUAUUUCUGAUUUGGUGAGAAGACCUCAGAUUCACAUUGAAACUUUUAAAAUAUAUAUUUAAAUUGAGUCUUGAUUCAGGUUUCGGCAAUGCUGAUAAGGCUUUAGGAUGGAAAAAAAAGACAAUAUUUGGGUGAAAUUUUACUUUCAAUAACUUCUGGAGUGACUCUACCUCCACAUUCUACCAAUUUAAAGAGUGCCCUGAACUUUUCUUGUGUAAAAAUAUACUGGAACUAACAAAAAGAAAAUGUGAAAUAUUGCCCAUUAGGGUAGAUGUCAUUCCUCUCAUCCUACUGUAAAAGUGAAUUUUAUUACAACAUACUGUUAUUUCUUGUUUUUAGAGAAUAUCUGUCAGUCACAUAUAAUUAUUUUUAAAAUAAGUGCCAUUUUUUAAACAUGCUUUUGAAUAAAGAUUAACAUACAUGCA